AUGAAAGUAGAACCACUUCAAGGUGGAGAUGGUAGUAAAAUUGAAUUAUGUAUUGACCCGAAAACAAACGACGAAAACGAAGAUGGUUCCUCAUCGGAUAUAUGUAAGGCGUCAUCAUUGCAAGAUUUAAUAUCAAAACUUUAUAAGGAAUUUGAUAAGGAUGUUGUUAACGUUGAUUACAUAAACGAAUUGAUGAGUUCCUAUAAAUCAGUGUCGCACGAGUGGAAAAAAUACGCUAAAUUCGAUAGAUACAGAGUAAAAGGUUUAAACCUUUCGAAUGAUAAUAAUAAUCACAUUAAUUCGUUGGGUCUUCAUCGUGUUGAAAAUCCAAGUCACGUGAACACAGCCGUGAGUUUACACGUUUAUUCUCCACCAUUUGAUGCAUGUUCCAUUUUUAAUCAACAUACCGGACAAAAAACAAUAUCAAAAGUUACUUUCUGGUCGAAAUACGGUGAAAGAAGGAACAUAAACGACGAAAGAGUACCGGAAGAUAAUUAA